UUGCAGCCACACCUGCCCUGGCUCCUCAUAGCUCAGAUUUGAGAGGUGAAGUGAUUACAUCUCCUCUCUGGAUUGACCUAUCCUGGCCUGUCUUUUCAGGAUCCCCACCGCUGUGGGCAGGCCUUGCUGCAGAUUGGGAUCAACAUGAUGGCGCUGCCUGGAGGCCGCCACCUGGAGUCCAUUCCCCUGCAAGGGCAGCGGCUACACCUCAUGCAGGUGGACUCAGUCCAGCGCUGGAUGGAGGAUCUGAAGCUCAUGACCGAGUGUGAAUGCAUGUGUGUCCUGCAGGCAAAGCCCAUCAGCCUGGAGGAGGACACGCAGGGUGACCUCAUCCUAGCUGGUGGUCCUGGCCCAGGGGAUUCCCUGCAGCUACUGCUGAAGCGGGGCUGGGUCAUCAGCACCGAGUUGCGCAGGAUUGGGCAGAAGCUGGCCCAAGACCGCUGGGCACGUGUGCACAGUAUGAGCGUGCGUCUGACAUGCCAUGCCCGUUCCAUGGUCAAUGAGUACAGCGUAGUCAGCAAGAGCUCCUCACAGGAAAUGGGCCAGGCAGAAAAGCUGCUCAUGGAGAAAUGCUCUGAGCUUUCAGCUAUCACAGAGAGAUGCCUCCAGGUGGAAAAUGAACAUGUUCUGAAGUCAAUGAAGGCCUGCGUGAGUGAGACACUGAGCACACUGGGCCAGCACUUUGGCCAGCUACUGGAGCUGGCCCUGACACGGGAGGUACAGGCACUGGUGAGAAAAAUUGAUGCCUCAGACAACAUCUACACCACUGAGGCUACCACAGGGAAUCUGUUCAGCCUAACGCAGGAGGGAGCACCCUUGUGCCGCAUCAUAGCCAAGGAGGGUGGGGUCGUAGCGCUCUUCAAGGUCUGCAGACAGGACAGUUUCCGGUGCUUGUACCCUCAGGCGCUCCGCACACUGGCCUCCAUCUGCUGUGUGGAAGAGGGUGUCCACCAGCUGGAGAAGGUGGAUGGUGUCCUGUGCUUGGCAGACAUCCUGACUGAUGACAGUCACUCUGAGGCCACUCGAGCUGAGGCUGCAGCUGUGGUGGCCCAGGUCACUUCCCCACACCUGCCCUUCACCCAGCACCUCAGUAGCUUCCUGGAGAGCAUGGAGGAGAUCGUGACAGCCCUCAUCAAACUGUGCCAAGAGGCCUCAUCAGGGGAAGUCUUCCUGCUGGCCUCUGCGGCCCUUGCCAACAUCACCUUCUUUGACACAAUGGCCUGUGAGAUGCUUCUGCAGCUGAAUGCUAUCCAUGUCCUCCUGGAAGCCUGCAGUGACAAGCAGAGAGUGGACACCCCCUAUACCCGGGACCAGAUUGUGACCAUCUUAGCAAACAUGUCUGUGCUGGAGCAGUGUGCCUCUGACAUCAUUCAGGAGAAUGGGGUCCAGCUCAUCAUGGACAUGCUGUCUGAGAAGCCAAGGUCUGCGACCCCUGCUGAAGCAGCAGCCUGUGAGAGAGUCCAGCAGAAAGCUGCAGUGACUCUAGCCCGCCUCUGCCGAGACCCAGAUGUGGCCCAGGAGGCCGUGAGGCUCAGCUGUAUGUCCCGACUCAUUGAGCUCUGCAGAUCGCCAUCAGAGAGGAACAGUAGUGAUGCUGUGCUGGUGGCCUGCCUGGCUGCACUGCGUCGAUUGGCUGGAGUCUGCCCAGAAGGCCUCCAGGACUCUGACUUCCAGCAGCUGGUCCAGCCUCGGCUUGUAGACGCCUUCUUACUCUGCAGCAACAUGGAGGAGAGCUUUGUGUAGCAAGUGUGGGAGAAGACGGGCCUUCAUCCUGCAUUCCUUCCCCUCUGAGGAAACACUGUGCAGGCAUCUGAACAUCUCCCCUCCUUAUUUAUACUUAAUUUAUUUUUCUCCUGAAUUAGAAAGAGAACCCUUCUGGCCACACUAUCAUAGCCUCCAGUCUCUAGGAAUCAUUUUGCUUUAGUUUUUUGACUUCUGUCGCUGUUCAGUUGCCGAUGUUUGAAAUGCAUCCAGGCUAAUGUGACAGACUGUCAUGGUGAUUUCCCUUCAUCCUGUUUCCUCACUUCUUAGCAUAUAAUCUUGCCUAAUUUUUUAAAACUUUGAACCAGGGUAUUUUAACUGCCCAGUAUUUCUUUUUUAAAGUGAGAUUUACUCUUUUUCAAAAAUUUAAAAUGAAUUUCACAGUUGACAGAUAUACUGGAAGGAAAUGUU